AUCCUUUUGUCAAAGUGUCCUUGCUGAGAGGUGGAAAGAAGGUGAGAAAGAAGAAAACGACAGUGAAGAGAUCCACGUGCCACCCGGUGUGGAAUGAAGCACUGACUUUUAAUAUUCCAUCAGCUGAAUUAAAAACGAAUUAUAACUUGGAGAUUCAGGUAUUAGACUAUGAUCUGGUAGGAAAGAACGAUGUUGUUGGCUACGUCAAAGUUGGACCAGAUUGUGUAGGGCCUGGCAAACAACACUGGAACGAGAUGGUACAAUCGGUGAGGCGACCCGUCGAGCUCUGGCACCCUUUACAAGAUAGAUGAACGUAGUGAAAAAUAUUUGACAAGACCAACACUGCUGCCAAUGCAUAUAGAUCGAAUGCGUAUGGUAUAGAAAAACAACCAUCUCGUAACCUCAUAUAUUUAUAUCAGUACACACACACACC